GUGAUGUCAUCGUCUACAUUAAUGACAUUUGCGUGCUCGGCACGACGCACGCCGAUGUGGUCAAACUUUUCCAGUCUGUACCGAUCGGUCAGAGCGUGACCCUCGUGCUCUGUCGAGGGUAUCCCCUGCCCUUCGACCCCGAGGACCCGAGCGGUGCGGCCAGCGCUUCCCUGACGCCCAUUGGACUGGAGCACCGCCCGCUGGUGGUGAAUGGCCGCGGCAGCUAUGACCCGUACCUGGAGUAUCUGUCGCUGAGCUCCCAGCUUCCUGGUCAGGCUCUGGCCCAGGCCGGAGCUUCCCAUCCCGGAGACACACAUCUGGACGGCUCAUCCCUGCCGCCCACCACGCCCGGCUCGGCAUCGGCGCUCACACCUCACAAUGACAACGUGUCAAUGGCCUCUUCUGGGACUGGGGCUGUUGCCGGGGCAACAGCACAAGGGGCAGAGCUGCUAACAGUUACCAUGGUGAAAGGAGCAGAAGGAUUUGGGUUCACCAUCGCCGACAGUCCUACCGGUCAGCGAGUUAAACAGGUGCUAGAGCCGGGCUCACAGGGAGCAUCGGGGCUGGUAGAAGGAGACCUGAUCCUGGAGGUAAACCAGCAGUCAGUGGCUGCAGCUGGACAUGGACGAGUGGUGGAGAUGCUCAAAGAGUGUCCUGUGGGAGCAGAAGCAACACUCCUCAUACAGAGAGGAGGAACAGGUGAGAGAGACAACAUUUACCUUGUUUCUUUUGACUGUUUCCCACUACAAACACACUCUUUCUGCAAAAACAAAUCUAAAUAA